CUGGGGCAAGUGCCAGCCAUGGAUGGGCUGGAGACGGUGACUGCCCGUGACCUGGACGCCUGGAUCGCCAGGACCCUGGAGCCCAGCACUGCUUUCCGCAUACAGGUGAAGCAGACGGUGAAGCAGAUCUGCGAUUUCCUCAAGGAGCAGUGCUUCCAGGGCAUCCGCGUCCACAAGACUGUCAAGGGCGGCUCAGCAGGCAAGGGCACGGCCCUGCAGAACAACUCUGACGCUGACGUGGUGCUCUUCCUCAGCUGCUUCUCCAGCUACCAGGAUCAGACGCAGAGGCGAGCUGAAAUCCUUGCUCUCAUCGAGGAGAGGCUCGAAUGCUGCAGACAGAAGCUGACGUUCACUGUGAACAUCAGCAGGCCCCGGCUCAAGGGCUCUGGCUUCCCCUCACGCUCCCUUAGCCUUACUCUCCAGUCCAAGUCAUGUGCGGAGUCCAUCGAUGUAGAUGUCCUGCCUGCCUAUGAUGCCUUGGGCCAGGUGACUCAGGACGCUGCGCCAGCUGCUGAUGUGUACGUUAGGCUCCUGGCUGCACCCAGUGGCCCUGGCGAAUUCUCCCCCUGCUUCACUGAACUGCAGAAAAAAUUUGUGAAGCGUUGCCCUGCCAAGCUCAAGAACCUGCUGCGCCUGGUCAAGCACUGGUACAAGGAGCUCCUGAAGCCACGGUACCCCGACGGAGACCUGCCCCCCAAGUAUGCCCUGGAGCUGCUGACCAUCUACGCAUGGGAGCAGGGCACAGGUGCCAAAGAGGGCUUCAACAUGGCUGAGGGCUUCCGCACGGUGCUGGAGCUGCUGUGCCGGUACCAGGAGAUCGUCAUCUACUGGGAAAAGUACUACUCGCUCCAGCAUGCUGAGGUGGGCGCCCACGUGAAGAACCUGCUGUGCAGCCCACGCCCUGUGAUCCUGGACCCUGCCGACCCGACGGGGAUCCUGGGCCAAAACAAAAAUUGGGCGGUGGUGGCAGAUGAAGCUGCUCGGAGCUAUUCUCUGCCCUGCAUCACUUCUGCCCAGCCCUGGGAUGUGCAGCCAGCCCAGCCCGUGACAGUGGAGAUAAAGCGACUGGUAGGCACCAGUUUGACCAGAACCAUCAGCCCGGACACCCCCAUCCUGAACCUGAAGAGAGAGAUCAUGCAGCAGUGGGGCAUCCCUCUACACCAGCAGCGCCUGGGCCAGCAGGAGCCAGGCCAGACUCUCCGCGUCCUGCGGGACAGCGAAACCCUGGCCACCUACAACAUCUUCUACAGCACCACACUGGUGCUGCUGCACACCGAGACCCAGGAGAUGGAUGUCCUGGUGAAGGACGACAAGAACCGCACGAGCACCUACACCAUGCAGCCCACCGACACUGUCCGGCAACUCAAGGAGCAGAUCUGCAACCGACUGGGCCCUCCUGUGGACCAGCAGCGCCUAACGUUUUGCUCCAAAGAGCUGGAGGACCGACACACACUGGCGCACUACGGCAUCCAGAACAAGAGCAUCAUCUACCUGCUCCUGCGUCUUCGCGGGGGUGCAGGCCCCCGGGCACCCCCCUUUCCCUGCUCCCUUGCCCUCCUGAGCAUUGCCCAGGCAUCAGACUACACCGCUGUACCCAUGUACCACUGAUCACGCUGGAAAUAAAUGCCGUGGAAAUCCUU